AAACGUGAGAGACACGUCGCAUAUUGGUCAAAAGCAAGGACUGAUUCAUGAGGAAAUAUAAGGCGCUUUUACAACAACGUUGACUUCAACACCGUCUCAGCUUCGAUUCCGUCAAUGUCGACGUACGAAACAAUAAACAGUAACGAAGUUACACGACAGUAAUGUCAAGGUUCGCGAAUACUUGGCCAACUUUCAUGUUGAAGACUCGAGACGUAAUUAACGAUCGAUAGGAAGUCUGCUAUUUCCUUUUGCAAGAGCGAUAGGAGUAACAAGCUUUCCGCAAUGUCGCGAAAGAGACAUGCAUCCGAGGAAGGUCUAGAAGAUAUGAAAACACUAAUGCUAAAGCGAUAUAUAGAAAAGUUCUUAAUCUGUAAUAUAAAUUCCUUCUUUGACUGUGAAUUGCUUCAAUGUCUGAAAAGUAUAAACAUACGAAGCAUGAAAAUCUCUUUUAUACCAAAGAAUUUUGGCACUUUACCUCAACUUGAAGAGCUCGAUGUAUCAGACAAUAAUCUCGGAGCACAAGAAGAUUGGUCCUGGCUAGAACAAACUUCCACUCAGAACAGUUUGUUUGCUCUAAAUUUAAGUGGAAAUUCGUUAACUAAGUUUCCCGUACAAGUCACAAAGCUAAAUAAGUUAAUAAUAUUGAUAGUGUCUUGUAAUAAGUUGACAUAUUUACCACAAAGUAUAAAAAAUCUGAAACAUUUAGCCGUGUUGGACGUGCGUUUCAACGAGUUAUCGUAUUUACCAGUAAGUAUUGCCGAACUGAACGUGCAAAUUGCACAAAUUUCGCACAAUCCGUUUCCGAACAAUCACAUUUCUUACGUUUGUAACUUGAAGAUGCCAAGUCUUGUGGAAUUAUCAGCUGGAGUAAUCAUAAAUCAAAGCGUAGCACAGGUCGCAGCUAAAAUACCAGCUAUAUUGGUAAGAUAUUUAGAUGAAGCGAAAUAUUGCUGUAAUUGUGGAAAGGCAUGCUUUGACCGUCACAUAAGAGAGAUCACGGAUCGUAUCCCUUAUAGUAUAGUGGCCACAUAUGUACUCAAGAUGACUAAAACAUUGCAAUUUGAAUGUUACUAUUGUUCAAUGUAUUGUUCCAACCAGUAUCACCAUCUAUUUAACCGGAUAUCAAACCGAAGGAGAAGUUAUACAACACGCAAUUGACAAAAAUCUGACAUUCCGGGAUUUGGAAGCAUCUGACUUAAUAAUAUGUAUAAUAUUCAACUACGGAAUGUAUGAGCUAUUUUGACAUAAUAAGCAUUUUAUUAAAUGGAGUACACAUUGGUUUGUGUCUGUGAGAGUUACUGAAAUUUUUAUUUGAUUUAAAGAAAGGGAUUGCGCUUUUUACUUCGUGCACGUUUUGCAUCAAUUUUGCAUAACUUUAUAAGUAAUUAUUUGGAAAUAUUAAUUAUUCUCUCUACAUUAUUCGGGAUAAACUAAAGCAUAAUUUAUUAUUAACUAAAUUAUUAGCUGAAUGUUCUUUCGCCUUUAAAUAUUUAAUUACUCGCAUCUCAUCUGGUUUAUUUUAUCAAUACUAAUUACCGGCCCUUUUGUUAAAUGGACUAUAAUAUGUGUCGGCGCUGGCGAAAAGGUAACAAUUAAAUAUACAAUCACAGGGACGCGAAUACAAAUGUAUGUUAGGAUUAAUUAAUUCAAUUAAUGUAUUUGGGCAGAUUUAUGUAAUGGAAUAUGUAUACGUGUAAGAAUAUAUUUGACAUCAUAAAUUACAUUGACAUGCAUACGAGUUCCUUUGACUGAUUAAAUAAUCAUCUCCUGCUCCAAUAAAUUCGAAAAUUGCCCUCUUUUGUAAUGUACGAACACGCUGAAAUGAGGUACAACAAGUAAUUACGUAUUAAUAAAAAUAAUUAUGUGAUACAAUGAAUAAUUAAUAUGUGCGAAAUUACAUUCUCGCACAUGUAUAACAGUUCUCAAAUAUGCUGAUGUCCGGGAAACAUUAGUAAAAUUAACUCUUUCUCACAAGACGCCCCGUCAAUUUAUCAUUUAUAAUCACAAUUGUCUCAUUUAUAUUACUGUCUCCUUUAUUUCUUUCGGUAAAAUCCUAUGCUCGAUUGUU